AUGCUGCGAAAGGGAGGCAAGCAGCUCGUCUUCGUGACAAACAACAGCACAAAGUCAAGAAGCGACUACAAGAAGAAGUUCGACAAGCUUGGCAUUGCAGCGAAUGAGGAGGAAGUCUUUGGCUCAAGCUACAGUGCUGCCGUCUACAUUGCCAGGAUCAUGAAGCUUCAACCACCCAAGAACAAGGUCUUCGUCCUCGGCGAGACUGGCAUUGAGCAGGAAUUGCAAGCUGAGAAUGUGCCCUACAUUGGAGGCACUGAUGCAAACCUGCGCAGGGAGAUAACAGACGAGGAUUUCAAGACCAUUGCCGACACAUCAGCGCUCGAUCCAGACGUGGCUGUCGUCCUGACCGGCCUGGACUUUCACCCCAGCUAUCUGAAGUACUCACUUGGUCUUGCAUACAUCCGAGCUGGAGCCAAGUUCCUCGCGACCAAUAUCGAUUCGACACUGCCUAACUCUGGCGCUCUCUUCCCAGGCGCUGGAUCAUCCAGUGCACCGCUCGUCGAAGCUGUGGGCCAUGAGCCACUCGCACUGGGCAAGCCGAGUCAAGCAAUGAUGGAUGCCAUCGAAGGGAAAUUCCAGUUCGACCGCAAGAAGGCGUGCAUGAUUGGAGAUCGCCUAAACACCGACAUUCAGUUUGGUAUCGAGGGUGGUCUAGGGGGUACACUAGCCGUACUAACAGGCGUCAGCAAGAAGGAGGAUAUCCUAGCAGAUGGUGCUGAAGUCAGGCCUUCAGCUUAUGUCGACCAACUUAGCGACUUGCUGGGAUAA